ACUCCAUCUCUUUGGAGCUUCGUGACCGUAAGCAGUCGAAUUCACCGGGAGCGGAGAUAUGAUGCGGAAGGAUUGUCUUCUCGGUCUAUCCAUCGUUUUCAUGCAGAUCUUGGGCUGCUUGGCAAAUGUAGAACAAUUGGUACAAGUGUUCAACGCUGCCAUCGACUCCUUGGCACCUCCCGACAAAGCUAUGAAAUUAAAGGCCGACAUGGAGAAGGCUCGACCCUGUCUGGACAACUUGGUCGCUGAGUUGGGUGAGGGUACCUUGGAUCAAGUUUUGCGAGGCAUCGUGCCGCUGGCCAUGAAAUGCGGUACGAUGCUCAUGGGAUCUCAGGGAGAUAUGGAGAGUCGAAAGAAGAUUUUCAGCAAGUGCGCCCACGCCGAAUCCGACGAGUUCAUCAGCUCACUGCCGAAAAAUGAGCAAAGCGCCUUCAAGACUGCUAAAAACUGCGUUAAGGACCUCAUUGAGGACUUCUCGUGAGCUGGGAGUUCUUUAUUAGGUUCCCGUACAUAUUCAUCCGGAAGCCGAAAGAAGGUACAUUUAUCAUCGGAAUCGGGAAUCGGCCAUCGGGCCUCAACUCUCAUCGGUUUCGGGUCUCGCACCUCGGAAUUGGGCCGACCGAUAGAGAUCAAGCACCGACAG